AUGGGUGCGUUACUGUCCCUCCUACGCUCGGACUACAAGGACUCCGUAAAGAAGAGAGAGAGUCUGUCGGAGACUUCGGUCGGUGGGACCGGAAACGAUCGCACACGCGAAGUCGUGUUCCCGGACUCUUUCGAAGUGUUGCCACAGCCGCGCGAUCUCAGCGUAGUCUACAUGGGGGUACCGCACGAGCAACAAAGGAAAUUCAGGUGCCGUUUCUGCGGCAAGGGAUAUCGCUGGAAGAGCACGAUGCGUCGGCACGAGAUGGUGGAAUGCGGCGGGAAGCCACCGGCAUUCCAAUGUCCGGAAUGUCCUUAUAAAGCCAGACAGCGCGGCAACCUAACCGUACAUUAUAAGCGUCAUCAUCAGAAGAUGGGUUACGACGAAAGUUUCUGGGGCCACGAGGGUCUGCCUCCACCUGUUCCAAUUCAUCAGGAUAACUCCUACGCGGUGCAAAAUGCUUUGUGGAACAAUCAAAACAUUUUUCAACCCGUACGCACGGCGCGCGGCCAAUCUUCCUACAAGUGUCCAAACUGCAAUCGGUUUUACAUGAGGACCUCCUGCCUAAAGCGCCAUCUUCGUGUCGAGUGCGGGAAGGCGCCGAAGUACCAGUGUCGAAUAUGCCAAGGAUGGUUCAAGUACAAGCACAACUUGGCGGCUCACAUGAAACUUCACGUCGAGGAACCUAAGCACCAUUGUGUCUUGUGCCCGAAGAAAUUCUACAGACGCGACAAAUUGGCUGAGCACGAAAAGAAAUUUCACAAUUUUUUUGCAGUUUAA